CGCUUGUAAUUUUUCUCCUUCUUCAGAUUGUUUGCAUUGAGGAUUUAACCAUUAACUACCGCCUGCAUUUACGACAGUUAUAUCCUUAUUUUAUUAAUCUGUUUAAUCUGGCUCCUAUCCAAAAGGGGGCUCGCCAUGUUCUCCAAGCGACCCGACACUUCCAGCCGGAGCUUCUCCAAGAGCCACAAGGUGUCCAAAUCCACCUCUUCUUUCAGCAGCUCUUUUAGCAAAGACAGCGGGAUCACCAAAAAGCGCCAUGAGUCUCGCCACCGGAGGCCAGCCACGUCAUCUUCCGCUUCUUUUAGCGAGGACACUGUCAUGACCAGCUUUAGCAACUUGAGCUCGUCUAUCGUAACCCUCGUUGUCGGUUCUGAGCAGCGCCUUUUUGCUGCCCACGAAAACAUCCUCUGUUCAAGCCCCUUCUUCAGCAAUGCUCUCCGAAAACUAUACACCGAUCCUUCCACAAAGAGAAUUUCUCUUCCAGAAGAAGAGCCCGAGAUUUUUAGCUCAGUGCUAGAGUUCAUGUAUAAAGGAGAUUAUUUCCCCCGCUUGGUGCAUAACAAGCGACGAGAUAGUUGGGAACUGGAGCCUAUCAACGAUGCUGAUAGAAAAGCUGCAGAGAGCACAGUCUAUCAUCGCGGCGUUGAUGGUGACCUGCUCAAGGACACAGUCAUCUAUUGUGCCGCCGAACGAUAUGGAUUAGAUGAAUUGAAGAAGCUAUCUCUACGCAAGCAAGGUCUUCAAACAGAAUCUGGCAUCCAGUGCAGCACUAUCCUUGCCUCGGCAAGAUAUGCAUACGCCAACACUCCUGAGACUGACUCCAAACUGCGAGCACACUAUUUGGCUUUGAUCAUCCGAUCCCGUAGCACUUUCAAGCGAAGUGGCACAAUGCAGCUGGAGAUGUUCAACGGAGGCACGCAGUUGUUCUUUGAUCUCUUUGUAGCCCUCUGCAACCACGUCGAUGAUAUCUCAUCCGUACAAAACACGCCGCGGUCCAGCCGCCAUAUGUAACGACCUCGUUACAAGCCGGCCACGGGUUAAUGCUAUUUCCUUUGUUACUUCUCGAGAAGAUGAUACCAAAUCAAUCACAAAAACAACAAAACAGCGGCGUUUUCAUUUUCCUUGUUUUUCCUUGUUGGUAUGAUGCUUUCUUUACGCAACUCAGUUCAUGAUUAUUCCCUUUGCACUGUUACCCCUUGUAUGAUUAUGCCUCUGCUUUUUCCGCCACAAAAUUUGGCGGCUUCCUUUUUUUUUUCCUUGUCGACACCGGAAAUUUAUGGUAUGUAUGGAAUGAUGAAUGUUUGGUAUUUGGAAGAGAAUGAUUAUAUACCAUUUUAGAUAAGCUGAGAUUGAACACACAAGGUUGGGCUAAACCUAGGAAAAGAGAUUUGAAGAAUUAUUAUAACUGCACAUGGGUUUGGGAGGAAAUAGGAAAUUUCUUUUGUUUGACGAAUUUCCCUAUUAAAGACAUAGAUUGGACCACUUUUCAUCACAUUUUAUUAUCCAUUACCAGUAAUAUAGUAGAAGUGUGCAUA